AUGGCGGCCAACGGCAGCGCCCGGAUCGCCGCCCCCACCAACGUCUCGCUGGGCCUGACCCCGCCCGUGGCCGAGUCGCUGGAGUUCAAGACGGUGUCGGUGUUCCUGGUGCUGCUGGUGUGCACCGCGGGCAUCGUGGGCAACGUCAUGGUGGUCCUGGUGGUGCUCACCACGCGCCACAUGAGGACGCCCACCAACUGCUACCUGGUGAGCCUGGCCGUCGCCGACCUCACCGUGCUGGUGGCGGCGGGGCUGCCCAACGUGGCGGAGAGCCUGUCGGGCACGUGGGUGUUUGGUCACUCGGGGUGCCUGGGCAUCACCUACCUCCAGUACCUGGGCAUCAACGUCUCCUCCUGCUCCAUCACGGCGUUCACGGUGGAGAGGUACAUCGCUAUCUGUCAUCCAAUGCGGGCCAAGACGGUGUGCACAGUCUCCCGGGCCAAGCGGAUCAUUGCCGGGGUUUGGGUCUUCACCUGCAUCUACUGCAUGCUGUGGUUCUUCCUGGUCGACAUUAAGGUGGUUGAGAGUGGACAUGUUCAGUGUGGCUACAAGGUGAAGCGGGAGCUGUACCUGCCCAUCUACCUCAUUGACUUUGCCAUUUUCUACGUGGUGCCACUUCUCCUGGCCAUCGUGCUGUAUGGUCUGAUAGCACGGAUACUAUAUCUCAGCCCCCUGCCGAACCAAUCAGACACAGGCACCGUCAGCACCGGGGCCCCAACGCUACGCCGCAGCUGCAGGGAGAGAGCCGAAGUGGGGAAAACCGUCCGCGAGAAACGGCCCAAAAGCGCAUUGUCAUCCAGGAAACAGGUGACCAAGAUGCUGGCGGUGGUGGUGGUCCUGUUCGCCCUGCUGUGGAUGCCCUACCGCACGCUGGUGCUCCUCAACUCCUUCAUGGCCACGCCCUACCUGGACGACUGGUUCGUCCUCUUCUGCCGCACCUGCAUCUACGCCAACAGCGCCAUCAACCCCGUCAUAUACAACGCCAUGUCCCAAAAGUUCCGCUCCGCCUUCCGCGGCCUCUACCACUGCAAGGGGGCGGAGGCGUCCCACCGCAGGACGCUGUCCUCCAUGAACACCGCCUGCAGCACGGUCCGGGAGGCGCGCCUCUCCCAGGCCAGCAGCAGCAGCGCCAACGCCCAGAUGAAGGACGGCGGGCAGCGCCCCGGUAGGCCCUACCCCGGGGAGAAGGGCGGUCUCGACGAGACCAGCAGACCACCGAACGGAGCGGGAACCCAUCCCGGGGAGGGCGGCCCGUCGGCCAAUGAAGGGAAGGACGAGGACACGGAACGUACGGUGUCCGAGGUUCAGCGGGGGAUCCAGGAAGGAAGUCCUGAGCGGAACGAUGAUAAAGAUAAGGACGUGCGUUGGAAAGAGCAUGGCAUUGUUAGUCAGCGCUCGUUAAAUGACAGGAGAUCCGGGGAACCUGUGGAAACGCUUGUUAAAAAUGAGAACGUUGGCACUCACCCCAACCCCACUCCAGAAGGUUCGGACACGGUUGGAUUAAAUAAAGUCGCCGGGAGGAAAACUAGCAACGAUGUGGAACUCAUCCCUGACGCAACAGAGGCAUGUUUCUAA